AUGGUCAAGAAGAGAAAGAACAACGGCCGCAACAAGAAGGGCCGCGGCCACGUCAAGCCCGUCCGCUGCAGCAACUGCUCGCGAUGCACCCCCAAGGACAAGGCCAUCAAGCGCUUCACCAUCCGUAACAUGGUCGAGUCUGCUGCCAUCCGUGACAUCUCUGAUGCCUCGGUCUUCGCCGAGUACACCGUACCCAAGAUGUACCUGAAGCUGCAGUACUGUGUCUCUUGUGCCAUCCACGGCAAGAUUGUCCGUGUCCGUUCCGUCGUCGGCCGCCGCAACCGUGCUCCCCCCCCUCGCGUUCGCUACAACAAGGACGGAAAGAAGAUUGUCCCCAACACUCCUAAGGCUUAA